AUGGUGCAUGAGCAGGGCGGCGGCAACAACCACCACCACCACCAGCUGCCGAGGUUCGGCAACGGCGCCGGCGCCGGCGCGGCCACCGGCGUGGCGCGGGCGUCGAAGAAGAGCAAGCUCAAGAAGAUCCCGCAGCGCGGCCUCGGCGUGGCGCAGCUCGAGAAGCUCCGGAUCGAGGAGCAGAAGAAGAUGGAGGGAGCCGCCACCGCCAUGUCGGUGCCGGGGGCCGCGCACCUCGGCGGCGCAGGAGGCGGGCUCGGCCACCUCCUCCCGAUGCACCCUCCUCCGGCGCCGCCGCUCUCGCUCAGCGCCCUGCCGAGGCCCGGCGUGGACGGCGGCGGCGUGCACUGCGGCUACCCGCCGAUGCUCUGGGACCCGUCGUCGGCGGACCCCAUGAAGCAUCCGUACAAGAGGCUGUGCCCGCAGCCUCCACUUCCAACGGUGAGCACGGGCUUGUCGCUGACGGCGUCGUCGAGCCACCCAACGGAGCCCCCUUCAAACCAAAUGUACAGCAGCAGCAGCGUUAGCAGGAGCAGCGCGGCGCCGCCGGCGCCGGCCGACGAGGACAGGGUACACGCUGUCGUUGAGGAGGCGGCCGGCGUGGAUCCAUCCUGGCCCUUCAUGUUCGAGGGCUUGAACACGACCGCCUUCAGGACGACGAUGGGCAAAGCGCCUUUCGCCGCCAGGACGACGAGAGAGGCCGCCGUCGGCUUGCCUGAUAUCUGUCCUGACCUGAGCAGAUACGAGUUCAGAGCCACAAACUAUUUCAGCUCGAAUGCGAGUUAUUCAGACUGGUCAUCAGAGUUUGGCCACUGCAAGAGCAGCAAGGAGAACGAGGCUGCCUACCUUACCUUGAGCGCACAGCCCACGCCACGCAUGAAGCAGCAGCCUCCUGCGCUCCCCUCGAUCCACCACCUCCCGGAGUUCGGCGACUUCGGCGUCAUGCAGUCACAGCAUGGGAGCGCUUCAGCGUCGUCGUCGUCGUCGCGGCCAUUCUACAGCUUCAUGCCAGUUGGCCCAGUUCGCUGCGAGAGACCGCUGAGCGAGAUGAAGGCCGACGCCUCUGACGGCGUCGACCUGGAGCUGAAGCUGUGA